AUGAGCACCUGUAAAGCGGGCUGUCUGUUGACACGCGGGGAGAAAUCUGUGGAGGACAAGUGAGGAGGACUUUACUGAGGGCAGAGCGGCUGAAUGAGGUAAUGGGUACCCUUCGGGACCUGCAGUUUGCCCUACAACUUAAGAUUGAGGAGCUUCGCCAGCGGGACACUCUCAUAGAUGAGUUGGAGCUGGAGUUAGAUACGAAGGAUGAACUCAUUCGGAGACUGCAGGAAGAACUGGAUCGUUACCGAGCAACAGUCCCUCUCCCAGGAUCCUCUGACGCUGGAGCAGCUUGUUCAGCACAAACAGAGCACAAGCCGGCUAUCAAAAGGAAAACCAUCAUAUCCGAGCACCUCACUCUGGACCCGGUGACUCUGGCCGUGCUUUCACACAGAAGCUGUGACAAAAGUCAGGAGUCCCAGAGACUGAUUCGGGCAGUGUUUUUGAAAAAUGACUUGUUGAAGAACCUUGAUGAAGGAGAGAUCACUGCCAUCACAGCCUGUAUGUAUCCAAGCACCAUCAAUCAGGGCUGUUAUGUCAUCCAGGAGGGGACCAACGGGGCUCAAGCUUAUGUUGUAGAAGAAGGGAGGCUGGACGUGACAAAAGAUGGCUUGAAGCUUCUCACAAUAGAGCCAGGAGACAUGUUUGGAGAGCUGGCUCUUCUCUACAGCUGCACCCACACCUUCUCUGUCUCAGCUCAAACCGAUAGCAAGCUGUGGGCUAUCGACCGCAAGAGCUACCAGACUGUCCUUAUGCAGAGUGGACUCAACAGCCUCUCUCAUUCGAUGGAGCUGCUUAGCAGCGUUCCCUUCCUGCAUUCAUUGCCAGAGGAUGUCAUCAUGAAACUGUGUGAUCUCACAGAGCAGACCCACUUCUCUGAUGGUGACUAUAUCAUUCGACAAGGGUCCACAGGAGACACUUUUUAUAUCAUAAGCAAAGGCCAGGUGAAAGUGACAGAAAAGAAGCCAGGUCAUGAUGAGCAGAUUGUCCUUUCUCAGCUCUGUGACGGACAGUGGUUUGGAGAAAAAGCUCUGUGGGGAGAGGAUGCUCGGACUGUGAAUGUGAUCGCCUCUGGUGAUGUGACAUGCCUAGUCAUAGACAGAGAGACCUUCAAAGAAAUCAUCGAUGGGUUGGUUUUUGACCGCAGUCAUGAGCUGCAGCAAAGUCAGGAAUCCAAAAUUGAGUCAGAUAAGGAUCCUGACCUCCUCUCAUCUUCCAUUUUAAGUGAUUUCCAGAUAAUCUGCACUCUGGCCAUUGGGGAGUUUGGUCACGUAGACCUGGUGCAACUGAGAAGCUACAGUCAGUGCCUGUUUGCCAUGAGGGUCCUCAAGAAGAAGCUGAUUCUCAACAAUGGCCAGCGGGAGCACAUCCUGGAAGAGGGUCGCAUCCUGAUGGAGGCUCGUUGUCCUUUCAUAGCCAGGCUGCACAAAACCUUCAGAGACACUUCGUGUUUGUACAUUCUGACAGAAGCUUGUCUUGGUGGAGAUCUCUGCUGUCUGCUUAAAGAUCGAGGAUAUCUGGAUGAAUGCAGUGCCCGGUUCUAUACAGCUUGUGUAAUUGAGGCUUUGACCUUUCUCCAUUGCCGAGGUGUCAUCUAUAGAGACGUCAAGCCUGAAAAUGUGGUUCUGGAUCAACGUGGUUAUGCUAAACUGAUUGGCUCUAGAUGUCUAAAGGAAGUGGAGGUGGGUAAGAAAACCUGGACAUUCUGUGGUACACCAGGGUAUAUGGCCCCGGAAAUCAUCCUCAACAAAGGCCACGGUUUAUCUGCAGACUUCUGGUCACUUGGAGUUUUUGUGUUUGAACUUCUGAGUGGUAGACUCCCAUUCAGCGACUCUGACGUGAUGAAGGUUCUCAGUGCCACCAUUCGGGGCAUCGAUUACAUUGACUUUCCAAAAACCAUCAGCAAAAGUGCCUCCAGUCUCAUAAAGAAGCUGUGCAGGAGCAAUCCCUCGGAGAGAGUGGGCAGUCAGAGAAAUGGGGCCAAGGACAUUCAGAGGCACAAGUGGUUUGACGGAUUCAACUGGGACGGACUUUGUAUGAGAACAUUAAACCCACCACUAAUUCCCAAAGUGAAACAUCCCUUAAACAGCACCACAUGUAGACUUUAUACAGAGGGCUCAGUGGAGCUGUGCAGUGACUGGGAAGAUUUCUAACUGAUGGAUUAAAAUGAGAAAAAUGUCUGUGAGUACUUUUUAGUUAAGGGUCAGUCCUUAUAAAUAAUCCACUGCCCUCAGUCGUGCUGCCAUUCAGAAUCAACUAUACUCUGACUGUUCUCAGUGAGGUCAGUAAUAUUGAGGUACAAACCAACCACACUGCCUACUA